AUUAAGGGCCAAAAUAUUAUUUCUAUCAAAAAUAUAAAUUUAUUUUCCAUACAAUAUUUCUUAAAUAAUUUUUAUAUAAAUUUUCUUUGUCCAAAGUGCAUGUCUUAUCCUAGUGCUAUAUAGUAUAACUAGUAUUACUUGAUCAUUGUCGUAAUUUACGAUCAGAAGAAAUUAUUAUUUGAACUAUUAUAUAAACAGUAGCACAUAAUAAUAGAGGUUCCUACAUUGAAACAAAGCAGUUGAAGAGAUAAAACAGAUAUCAUUAUAAAAUGGAUAUAUGUUUGUAAAAAAAAUUUAAGAUAACAAAAUAUAAAAUAUAAUUAAAAUGAUUUAGUUGAUCCCUUAAUUUUGUUUGAUGAUUUUAUAAUAAUGUAUACUUAAUAUAAUUUGCUCUAAAUUUAAAUAAGAUGAAAAGGUAAACUUUUAAUAUGCAAUGUUAACAUAGUAAGUUACAUGCAAAAAUAUAUGCUCGUAUAAGAAAAUUUCCAUUCAUUUAAUUUUGCAGAUACCUUCUAAAAUAAGCUAGUAUCUAACCUAAAUGCGCACACCUAACUCAAUCUCAAGACAAAGGAGGAGAAAGCAAAAAGAAAGUGAUAAUGGGAACCUGCUUCUCUUCAUCAUCAUCAUCAACGUCACGCACAAGGAUGGUAGAUUAUUACUACGACCCUGCAUUAUACGAUUACAACAGGGUUUUCCCACCCUGCGACGUAAACUAUGUCAAAAAUCUGCAUCGCCAAGAAGCUCUGGCUUCUUCUUUGGUCACUUCGAUGGAGGAGGAGAUUAACCAUCAUCCCCAACCCCAAAGGCAUGUUACCUUGCGUAUCAAGCACGAGGAAGAAGAACCGGAGAUAAAAACAGAGAACGAACCCGUAGAACCAUCUAGCAUGUUAUGUAUGAUAUGUAUGGACGAGAAGUCUCCUUCCGACAUGUUCCGAGGUAACUGCACUCACUCCUAUUGCACCGAGUGCACGGUCCGUUACGUAGAGACCAAGAUAGGAGAAAACGUAGCUGGAAUCAAGUGUCCUGACGUGGACUGCACGCACCUGAUAGAGCCAAACACAUGUCGAGAUCUGAUUCCAAGGAAUUUGAUGGAGCGUUGGGACAAAGCUUUGUGCGAGUUGUUGUUCAUGUCGUCGGGGAAAGUCUACUGUCCGUUUGAAAACUGCUCGGCGAUGAUGGUGGUGGAGGGUGGUGAUGAUAAAGUGACGUUGACGGAGUGUCCGUCUUGUCACAGACUGUUUUGCGCUCAGUGUAAAGUGACAUGGCACGAAGGGAUUGGGUGCAAGGAGUUUCAGAGAGUUGGUAACACUAAGAAGAAGUGUCGCGUAAUUUUGAAUGGAAUAUUAAACAUAGCCAAAGGGAAGGAAAAGAAGAAGAAUGUUGAUAAAUUGUUGAUUCAGUUGGCUAAGAAGAAGCAGUGGAGGAGGUGUCCUAGUUGCAACUUCUACGUUGAGAAACUCGUUGGUUGUAUGCAUAUAAGUUGCAGGUCAGGCACCUUCAUCAUCAUCAAAUCAUUAUAUUAUGAAUGUUUUUAAUUUGUUUAUUAUUUUGCUCAUUGGAUUAUUUUUGUAGGUGUGGUUUUGAGUUUUGCUAUGGUUGUGGAUCAAAGUGGGGUUACCGUCACUCAUGCCUAAGUACUCGGAGCUACUUUAUGCGUAGCUUCUUAAUUUCGUUUCUGGCAAAUUAACGAGUAUUCAUUUGAAAUAUUUUUAUUGACAUAUUUCCAAAUUCCAACUGAUGUUCAAGUGUAACCUGAACAAAACAGCGCACAAAUUUUCAGUAUACUACUAACUAUCCUUUGAAAUAAAUAUCACGAAAAUGCAAACUUGUUUUCAGUUUUCACCAUUACUUUAACCAUUUUUUUACACAUGAAAACAAUAAUGAAAAAUAAAAGAAAAUCACACAAGGAAACAUAAUUAUAAAGAACAGCAGAGCAGAGAAACUAUUUACAGACACAAUUUAUGUGCAUUGCAUAGUAACUUAUUUGGUGAAGCCUCCUCCUUCAUUAGUUGUUAACUUAAGAUCUUCUUUCUAACACUUCCACGGAGGCUUAA